AUGCAAUCAGCCCGAGUUCCCCUCGGGCGAGCCGUCUGGCGCGGCCCCAAGGACCGCCGCGGGCGGGGAGGGGGCGCGGGGCCGUGGCUAGCUGGGGGCGGGGGCGGGGGCGCGGGCUCUGCGGGGCCCGGCCGGGCUCGGUUCCGCGUUCCUGGGCCCGCGGGUAAGCUGAGCCGGCGGGGCAGGCCGCUCCCAGGCUGGCGCCGGGGCGCCGAGCUGCGCUUCACGUGCCCGCCAUAUCAGCGGCGGCAACGGCGAGGGUGGGGGGCAGGGAGGCGCGCGGCUGCUCGCACCGGGUCUCGGCCUCCGCCUCCCCGCCCCACUCGGGGGUGGGCUGGGACCACCCCGCAACCCCUGUCCCCGCAGCUUCGCCUUCCCGCACUAGCCGAGCGCGGCGCUGCCAGAAGCCGAGAAGCUUCUCGGGCGCCGCUCCGAGAGCUUCGCGGCGGCUGCGGCGGCAGCCAAGGGAGGGUGCUCCUCGCGGCCGCCCCGGGAACUUCCCGGCCGCCCCGCCGCCGCCGCCGCAGUCACGGGGACCGGAAGCCCUCGCGCCGCCCUGAGCGGCCUCCGCUGGCCCUCAGGGCUGUUCCAGAUGAGGGCUGGCCGCGCGUCACACCCGAUCCCUCCUGGACCUGGGCGGCCGCCCUCGCCCUGGGGCAUCCCCAUUUAAGCCCGGAGGACCCUCCUCUCGCCCCGCAGCUGGGACGGGAGGGGCGCGGAGCCGCAGCUCUGGCCGGGCAGGAACACCUGCUCCUGAGCCCUGCAGCUGGGCGCGUGAUGCCGGGAGAGGCAGCCUACUGUUGUGGCCCGGCCGGGGAAGGCGUUGUUUUGCCAGCGGGAGCCGAGCGAGUGCGCAGAGAAAAGCCUCCCUGCUCUAAUGAGAGUGCACACAGCGCUGCAGCGAGGAGGAUGAUUACCCGGCGGGCGGGGGGGGGGGACGCGGGCCGGGGCCGCGGGCGGCGUGUGCGGCGGCCCCGCGGGCCCGGAGUCCCCGCCUGUCUGGCUGCUAAUCGCACGCUUUCUGCUGUUACGGAGGCAGGCGGGAGCCGGCGGCCGAGCCCAGCGCCGGCGACUCGGCGGGUGACACGGAAACAUGGCGCAGCGCCCCUCCCCCGCCCGCCCUCCCCGCGCUCCCGCCUCCCGCCUCCCGCCUCGCACUUCCUCCCGCCCGCGCGGCUUUUGCAGUUCUAA